AUGAUGCUAUCUCGCUUGCUUCCUGCUUUCUUGCAAAGGCCCCUUGGUUUAUCGUCUCCUGUUCGCCGUACGAUACGGUCCCCCACCCCCUGUAAGUCCUUUUUAACCGCCGAUGGCCUCCAACGGGCCAGCCCCCGAUUCCUCGCGACGAAACUUCCCCCCGCUGUCUCCGGCGACGUGCAUACCUCCCCCACCCCGCGCCUAAUCGCUGAAGGCGACGUCCUAUUGAGCUCCUCGCAGGUAGAAGACCUGUUUGCCGGACGAUUCCCCACUGACUGUGACCACGAUGUGCUCGUUUUUAAAGGUUUAUCUCAGCAUGAUUGGCUAAGGAUCGUCCAAGGUUUUAGGCGCUCCCUCAGUGGCAGGUACGUAUGCAGAAAAGUAGUUACAUUCUUUGAAUUCCCACUAAUUCUCUUCCAUAGAGAAGGAAAACCUUCGGGUUAUCUUGUUUAUGGAGGCUUUCACACUACUUCUAUACUUCGUGCUCCACCGUCAAAUAUCCAUGAUGCCUUGAUUGGGAACAUCGUCGACCUUGUCCGCAAUACACUGAAGCAAGCAACCCGGGACGACGAUAAAUAUCGGUUCCACUUUAUGGUAAACACAAGCACUAGCUCAAGGGACAAAACUGCUUCAAUGAAGAUCCCUGACAUUAGGAUUGUGAGACGAGAGCGUUCCACCCCUCGUGGAAAGAUCCCGCGGGACGAAAUAAUAUUCGUGGCAGAAAUUGGUUUCACAGAAGGCUCGGCACAUCUCGAAAAAUCUAUUAAACAGUGGUUUAAAGUCAUGCCCGAGGUUAAAGUUGCGUUUCUUGUGAAAUUGGAUGAACGGCCCCGGUUCAAUUCCAAACGCGCCUUCAGCCAUCUCCCUGACUAUGUGAUCAAAAAUCCUUCCGUAUAUACCAACGCCAAUACAGCAGCCUCUAUUAAUAAUGAAGGAAUGGCAGAAAUACAUGGAGUCAGUUUUGUGGGCAGCAUAACUGCUUACCUUGAGAUCUGGACGAGAGGUUCUGACGGCAAUGCGGAGCUAAAUGGCGAAAGAAUUGUAAGUACAUUCAACAUGCUACAGCUUCAUAGACCAAACUUUUAUGACUCAUUCCAGAUUCUCCGCCCACCAAGACUAGAGCUAGAUAUGACUGCCUUCGGUUUCUCCUCGGAUCAACGACAGCAUGAAAAGUUAAUAAUAGAUUGGAAAGAAUGGGAGGAGGCACUCCAGGGACAGACCGGAGAGCUAGCCUGCAAACGUUUUUUUUCUGUCCUUCAUAAAUUCUUUCACGAUAACGAAAAGGAUUAUAGGGCUUAUGGUUACGGUGUUGGCGGGUUGGUCUCUUAUUUCUCUCUUGUGAUACCCAGUAUGGUUUCUCUUGAUGUUAAACGAUUCAGCAAUAGUAACUAUGAAAUAUACUUUUUUACACCAACGAAAGAGGAAUACCAUGAUUUCUAA